CAGACAGGGAUCGUUACGAACACACCAGCUGCUCUCCUAUGCUUUUUUACACAAUUUUCUUCCUAAAAUCAUGCCUGCAACGCUUUAAUAUACCCUCUCUGAGUGAGUUGAAACAGUUGCUCAAAUAUGCAAAGUGUUGGCAACUUUUUUCUUCAAUGGGUUGAAGAAUGUGAAGUCGCUUUGGGAGGGAAAUAACGGUGCAGGACGUUAGCCGAAUGUUAGCUAGCUAACCAGCAACAGGUCAGUUGGUUGGUCGGUCAACUAGCUAACUGACAAAACGGUUAUGGAGCGCGCGACUUUUUCAAAAUACUCCUGGAUCGAUUUUUUCUUCUCUGUGAUCGGAGUGUGUACCUUCUUGGUGGACUGGGGCUCGGACGUGUGGGUGGCCACCGAGUUUUACUGCCGCGGGGACUUGUUCUGGUUCGCGGUGCUGGUCGGCCUCAUGGUCCUGUCGUCUGUCGUCGUCCAGAUGUUCAGCUGGUUCUGGUUCAAGUACGACCGGCAGCUGCUGGGCUUCAGCGCGCGGACCGGAGGAGGAACCGAGCUCUUCGGGGACCAAGUGAGGCUCUCCUGCGUGUUACAUGUGCUGCAGCUGGGUUUCCUUUGCAGACACAUCUCCGCCAUACGCCAAGGCUUCAGGGUUUGGUGGCGGAAAGAGGAAGGGUCAGAGUACGCUGUUUACCUGACACAUGACCUCAGCAUGCUCCGGCUAAUCGAGACGUUCUGUGAGAGUGCUCCUCAGCUCACUCUGAUGAUCUACGUCAUGCUGCACACAAACAAGGCCAGGACUGUUCAGUUUGUGAGCAUUGCUGCAUCAACCACUUCCAUAGCCUGGAUGGUGGUGGAUUACCACCGCUCUCUGCGCUCCUUCCUCCCCGACAAGGCCAAGCAGGGCUGGUGUUCCGCUUUGAUCUACUUCCUGUGGAACCUGCUGCUAAUCGCCCCACGCGUGACGGCCCUUGCCCUCUUCGCCUCAGUCCUGUCAGGGUACAUCGCUGCCCACUUCUUGAUGCUGUGGCUCGUCUUUGUGCUGUGGGCCUGGCGACAGGGGACAGACUUCAUGGACAGCGUCGGUGGGGAGUGGCUCUACCGGGCCACCGUAGGGCUUAUUUGGUACUUCAGCUGGUUUAAUGUAGCAGAGGGUCAGACCCGAGGCAGGAGCAUCAUCUAUCAUUCUUUCAUCACCACUGAUGGAGGAAUCCUGCUGGUGACAUGGUGGUGUUACAGGGACCCUGUCCAGACGGAGUCAUACGCCCUCACUCUGCUCAUCGCUCUACUUUUCAUCUACCUCUUGGGACUGCUCUUUAAAACCCUCUACUACUGCUGUUUCCACCCCAAGCUGUGGAGGCCCCCGGUGAGGGAGCCAGGACUGCCCGAUGAUCGGCCCGAUGCAGAAGUGUCCUUUAGAGACGUUUCCAUCCAGGACGGCACCCUGUCCUCCCAGCUCCUCAACAAACGCAUGGCCUGCCAUGCUGCUCAUUUUUACUCUGAGCAAGGAGUCAAUAGAAACCCUGAUAGCACAAACAGAGCGGAGCCAUCACAUCUGUGAUGUCUGACUUUUUGUGUGCCAAAGUCAACAGUGUCCUACUGAUAAAUGUUACCUUCUUUGGUAGUGAUAGUAUGCAACAAUCUCUCUCAAGACUCCGGUGUCCUAUCUGUGCUGCAAUUUCCCCGGGUGCUCAGUAUAUGAACCAUAUGAACCAUAUCAAGAUGAACCAAAAUACAGGCUCAAAAACGGUACCUGAAACUAAGAGUGGGCAAUAUGGAUACAAUCCUUUUCAUAUCACUACAUACAUCAGUACCUACAGUAUAUUGGGAUAUAGUAAAUUCCUGGAAGAAGUGUUAAAAUAACUGAUAUUUGUUUUAUACCUAUCCUGUAGGGGUGCACAAUUCAGAAAAUGUCACGAUUCGAUAUUGAUUUUUAGGCUCAAGAUUCUCGAUUCUCGAUUAAAGAAAACAAUUCACAGUAUGUAAAUGUAGUAACUUUUCCCAUGCGAUUGCAGUAGACAUACACUUAAAAAAAAAUUAUAA